ACCGCGAGAACGAUUGUGCGAUAAUCGAUUACGCGAGUUCAAAAAGUGACGUGCUAAUAAAACGUAAAAAACAACCCUUGAGAACGAUGGUCUCUUGCACAAUCACCCAACUUGAGCUGCCGGUGAAGAAGAGACUUGAAAUAUCAGAGGCUCCUGCUGAAGUAGAAGAUCUGCCACCUGAAGAUGCAAAACAGCCUCUCAUUUGGUUGAAUAUAUUCGGGCUUUCAGUUCUACAUAUCUUAGCUUUUUAUGCUCUCAUAACAAGAGCUUCUGAGGCUAAAUUGUGGACGUGGAUAUUCAGUUCCUUAUACGGUACUAUAGCGGGCUAUGGCGUCACGGCUGGAGCUCAUCGUUUAUGGGCUCAUAGAAGUUACUCUGCAAAGUUACCGCUCAGAAUAUUUCUCGCUUAUCUGUAUUGUAUGGCAGGUCAGACUCAUCUCUACAAAUGGAUAAGGGAUCACCGAACUCAUCAUCGUUUCACUGAAACUCCAGCGGAUCCUCACGAUGCGAGUCGCGGAUUCUUCUUUUCCCAUGUGGGGUGGCUAAUGAUGAAACGACAUCCGGCUGUAAUUCGCAAUGGAAAAAAAGUCGACAUGAGUGAUAUCAAAGCCGACCCAGUAAUACGCUUUUUCGAUAAAUACUACGAGCCCAUCAUGGUUUCUCUCUGUUUCAUCCUACCAACUCUGAUACCCGUUUACUGUUGGAAUGAAACUUGGUUCAUCAGCAUCCACUCUGUCAUCGUUCGUUACGUUUGGCUGCUAAAUGCAACGUUUCUCGUCAACAGUUUCGCACACAUGUGGGGCAACCGACCAUACAAUAGGAAAGUGAAGCCGACGGAGAAUCCGACCGUCGCCUUUUUUACUCUCGGCGAGGGUUGGCACAACUAUCACCACUCGUUCCCGUGGGACUACAAAGCCGCCGAGCUUGGCGCUUACGGACUGAAUCCAACCACAGCUUUUAUCGAGGCUAUGUCCUGGAUCGGUUUGGCCUAUGACCUUAAAACACCCAGCAAAGAACUCGUUGAGAAGCUCACUCUCUCCAAGGGAGACGGCACAUCCAGUCUCUGGGGCCAAAAACACCACAACCAAAAUCACCAUCCCCAUGAACGCUGAAAAUAGCUUUAAUAAAAAAAAGAAGCACACUCAGUCUCUGGGCCAAAAACAACACAUUAAAAAUCACCAUCACUCUGAACGCUGAAAAUUGUCUCAGUCACUAAAAGAAGCACAUCCAGUUUUUUGGUCAAAAACAUUAUCUAUGUUGCGGAGACCCAAGUUAUUUUAAUCGCCUUAAUCUUAUUUUUUGUUUAGUUUGCUUUUAUAAGAUACUUUUUAUAACUCAUGCAUGAUUUCAGCCCUUAUCAAUGCGGGCCAAAGUUAUAUUUUUUAAACCCUAGGUAUUGAAAGGUACUUUUCAUACCCUAGGGAGUGAAAAGUAAAGUCAGCGGUGAAUAAUGAAAAUUAUCAAGCGAUAAAGUUGGUCGUGUUCA